AUUGCAAGAGAAAAAUUGGUUGAGUUGUGGAUCGAUCAUUCGACAGACCUCAACAUGGCUCCACUCGUGUCUAUAACACCAAGACUUUUCUUCGAAGCUCGUCAAUAUGAGAGAAAAAUGUCCACGGCAUUAGUAUCAGCAUUCUAUGAUAUAAACGACGUCAUACAACAAAGCAAGCAACGUCCAACAAUGUUGGAUUUACGUCAACGACUUCUUGAUAGAAAACCCAAUAACUUAUUGAUCCCAAGACGACACUCCACAAACUCAUCGACUUUGACUGCUUCACCUCUCACUAAACCGACGUUAUCGCCGACUUCUUCCAGUUUUUAUCCGAUGCCGCCGUCACCUAAGGAUCAAUUUCUCGGUGGAACAGCUUCUCCGUUAAGCAUUCGCGAGAGAGCUCAGAGCGCCAGCUUCCAAGAAGAAUUAGAAGCUCAACACAGAAAACGAUCUGCUACAAAUUCCAGCCGAUACAAAACUGAACUAUGUCGACCUUUUGAAGAGAACGGCACUUGUAAAUACGGUGAUAAAUGUCAAUUUGCACAUGGCUUUCACGAGCUCAGAGGUUUAAAUAGGCAUCCUAAAUAUAAAACUGAAUUUUGUCGUACGUAUCACACCAUUGGGUUUUGUCCGUAUGGUCCACGUUGUCAUUUCAUCCAUAAUGACGAAGAGAAAAGACCCCCUUCGACAACUUCACCCCAUACGAUCUCCGUGUCAAGUGUAGAGUCGGCCGAUAUUGCGCCAUCACCAUUCAGUAACCUGACGCCACCAAUAUCGCCUGGAUAUGGCGGUGAAGUUUUUUUGUUUGAUGAAACUUCUCAUGCGCCAAACACCCCCCUAGGAAUAUGCGGACAAAACAUUGCUUUAGAUUCCAUGAAUACCAUUCAGGAGAACCCGUUCCCGUCGCCCAGCAGCUCAAUGGAUUACAAUAUGAUGAAGCAAAGCUCCCUUCGUGGUGAUUCCGAUCCCUGCCCUACACAGCUAAUUAGUGACAGUAUUCGUGAAAUGUCUUUUCAACCCAUACAAACAAAGUUUGACGAGCGAAUUCUGACACCUUCCGAGUCUGGAUCAUCCAACCCACCGUCGCCGACAGAUUCGUGUGACGGAAGUCGACGACGUCUGCCUGUUUUUGGAUUUCAACAUUGAAAGUUUGAGUCAGGUAAAAAGAAAAAGUUCUGUUUUCUAUGAAGGCAUGUAGAAACUGCGAAUUUAUAUAUGUGUAUAUUUCUCAGAAAUUUUUAUAUAUAGUGUUAUAUAACUAUUAAUAUUAUAUGAUGAUAGGACGGCGAGAAAAGAGUGCGAGAGCGAGGAACUUGAAUUUUAUAAAAUUCAUAAGUAUAAUAAAAAGCAGCUGGAAAUUUGUGUGGAGUUAGAAUAUUAAUCUUUGCAGUUGUUUUGUGUCACAAGUUUUUUUUGUUGAACAUCAGCAGUAGAAAUAUGAAUUAUUUUAGUUCCAUAAAUAUAUAGUACGUAAAAAAGAAUUUUAGAAUUUUUCAAAAUCUAUUUCCUUCUAUUAUUUAUAUUUAUAUUUUAAUUUGUUUGUUUUAACAUAUUAAUUUUUUUUGGUAUACUGCAAUUUUUCUGGAGUACUUGUUGACAUAUAAUUUUUCCUUCUCUUUUGAGGUUAAUGUUUUUUUUAGAAAAAAUGUUAUUUAAAUUAUUUUCGUCGUAUGUUUCCAGACUUUUUCACUGUUGUUGUGUGGGGAGUUCUAAAAACAUUCAACACAUUAAGAUUUCAGUUGAUUCUGUAGAGUUUCUUGAACCUAUUAACAACUCGACCGAAAUUUUAUUUAUAGCCGGAUAAACUUCAAUAAUGAAUAGUUUUUUUUAUUUACAAUAAUUCGUUUCUAUUAUGUGGUUUCUCUCAAUAUCUUUUUUCUUUGUGUUGCAUUGUGCGCGAACAAUUUCAGAUGGCACCAUUCAGUCUGGUGAAAAGCUAUUUAAUUUGCUCGUUAAACAAAUGGGCAAUUAUACAGCAUUUAUCUCUGAUAGAAUUUCCCUCAUAAAGGUUUCAUAUAAUUUGAGUUAAAUGGCUUUUUAAUUUUUCGUGCGUCACUAAAGUCUCCAAUUAAACGUUAUGAACGAGUUAUUUUGAAGUUUCUUAUCUCUUCAAUUAAUGGAUUUUUUUAAUAAAAAUUUCUGACAAAAAAAAUCGUUUAACUCCUUCGCUCCUCUCGCAAAAUUUUUCCCAGCCGUUCCGUUAUUCGUGAAGGAAAUGGGUCUGUCUCUUUGUCCCUUCUCACAAAUAUAUGUGAGUAGAAGGGCCAAAGGAUGAAAUGUUUAUUUUUUGCCAAAUGUUUUAAUAUAAGUAGUUUUGGAUUUUUUUACGAUGAAAAAAGUUGUGAAAAAUUUUAUUUUUCAUGUCAGCAACUUUAUUAUUUAAAUGUGGUUAUUUAUUGACUUCUGUAAAAUAAUUAUUUUUUUUUUUGUUAUUUUUUUUAUGAACAAAAAAAGAGGUUUUAAAACUUCGUCACAAAAAAUAUGUGAACGGUGAAAGGACACGUAAAAAUUUCUUCGCAUGCAAUUACAACAUACGGGAGAAUAUUAUUUUAUUAGAGGAUCUGUUUCUUUUCUUUUAAUGUUUGAUAUAAUUUAUUUCUAAAUAGAUUUUUUAACGUUUUCUGUGAGUUCAACUUUCUUUCAUUCAAAAGGAUUAAAAAAAUUGUGCUAUAGUGAAAGUAAUAAUUGAAGAUCUGCGAUGGAGAGUUUUCAGUGUUUUUCAUUACUCAGCUUUUUUGUCACAUGGUCAAGAUGUGUAAACAAGAAAAGAUGUAAAAAUAUCUUGAAUCAUACAUUUUUGUGUGCUCGACGUAAACAAAAAAAUUCUGGCUUCGAUUUUCUUUGUGUUGACUGUUUGAAAGGUGUUUGAUUACAGAUUUCAAAUGUUUUAUUUUUCCACAAUCUAAACACUCUCCUACACAGAGUCUGAAUAGUCGUAAUGGUGAACUUCCCUGGAACGAACAAGUUUUUUUUUGAAAGCGCUAUACAGAAAUUUCUUUAAAACCUUUUAGUCAAUUUUUUCCCUCGAUUCAUCCACAUCCUUGUCCUUACCCACAACCUAACGUUCCCAAUGCAGUCACAAAAAUGUUUUACGAAGAGAGAGUAUUUAAAAAUUUAUUUAUGUUCGCAUUUUUUAUGGAAUUUUACUGCCUGUGUCGAAAUUAUAGAUAAUGCUGAUUCAGCUUUUAUCUUUGGUUAAAUUUUCUUAUUAGUGGUUUAUAUUUACGAUGACGCCCAUUUUUUGUAUGUAGUUCAUCCGCCGCGUGUAUAAUAUUGCAAAAGAAUAAAUUAUGUCGUUAAUUUAUGUUGGUUUCUAGCUGGCUUGUCUUUUUAUAAGUAAGCUUAUAUUAAAAGAAAUUUUAUUGUAUUUUGUAGAAAGAGGGUCGAGGGUCCUCUAUCUACGCAGGUUGUAAUUUAUAUAUGUCUGAUCAAAUAUUUUUCAAUUCAUAUUUACAAA